CCAUGUCUUCAUGCUGUCUUCAUGUUGUCUGCAUGUGUCUCCAGGCAUUUAAAUAUUCAACUGUACUCAACUUUAGGUUUACGCUUAUUAUAUAAUAAUUCGCGAGCAGUUGGACGUCUUUGCAUUGCUCUCACCUCUCCAAGUUGUCUACGUAAAACCACCACUGCGGCGCAACAGCACUUCCCCUGUCUUAACAUCCUCAUAUAACAUUGGACGAAUACAUUGUAUUAUUUAUUGCCUUGAUACUUACAUGUACAACUAGGAUACGAGAAUAGGGAUUAAAACCAGCCAAUUCCAAAUCGCCGUUGGCUGCCUCCCUCGAUCACAUAAGUAGUACUUCAUUUGUCCCCGCAAUUUGCUUUCCCACUAGGUACGCACGCUACGACCUACGAAGUACACCUCACAUCUCGAGAUACCCACCUCGGGCUAAACGGCCGGUCUAACAGCUUGGGAAAUCGGUGUACGUGCAAGUACAACGGCGCGCGCUAGCUUGUCAGCUUGUCAACUUGUAUUCAGCGGCCUCAAUCACCUGCAACGUCUUCUCAUAAUCUAAUCGCUUCUCUUGCGCAACCCUUUCCAAGAAGCUUCUUGUCUGGUAUCGAACGAGCGGCCGGCCAAGAUCAACCGCCAUCAUGGGUAUCAACAACCCUCUCCCGAGCUCUAUGGCCUCGGAGUGCAAGAAGUGCGGCAAGAUCUUGACUUCCUUCAUCGACCCGCGGCAAGCCUUCAGUCCCGACAAGAUCAUUCCCCCUCACAUUCUUUCCAAUGCCAAGGGUCUUGCGAUUCUUACAGUUCUCAAGGCCGGAUUCCUCGGCUCCGCGCGCUUCGGUUCCGGCCUCGUAGUCGCUCGUCUCCCCGAUGGUAGCUGGUCUGCUCCUUCUGCCAUUGUCACUGCCGGAGGUGGUUUCGGUGGCCAGAUUGGUUUCGAAUUAACAGAUUUCGUCUUCAUUCUCAAUGAUGCCAGUGCCGUCAAGACCUUCUCACAACAAGGUUCCAUCACCCUCGGUGGAAAUGUUUCCAUAGCAGCUGGUCCCGUCGGUCGAAAUGCCGAGGCCGCCGGUGCUGCAUCUUUAAAGAGUAUCGCCGGAAUUUUCAGCUACAGCAGGACCAAGGGACUAUUCGCCGGUGUAUCGCUAGAAGGAUCCGCCAUUGUAGAGCGGAGAGAUGCGAACGAGAAGCUAUACGGUCAACGUCUGACCGCCCAGCAGUUACUGAGCGGUGCCGUCCGACCUCCUCCCCAGGCCGCACCCCUAUUGAAUGUGCUAAACUCAAGAAUCUUCAACGGCACGCGGCAAGGUUCAGUGGGAGACACCAUGUACAAUGACGUACCCGUGUACGACGAUCGGCAUGACGACGUAGUCUGGAAUGGCCAGCGCGGCAGCAGCUACGGCGAAGGCCAGAUGAAUGCACCUCAGCGAUCGAACACAUGGCAAGAUGAUGUCUACGACAGACCGGCAAGCGGCGGGAUCAACCGUUCCAACACCAUGGGGUCAAGAGGCGCAGAUGAUAAUUACGUGUACCGCGAUAGACCAGCAGCCGAAUCCUCGGCUCCAACUCGACCCGCAGCCCCGAAACCCAACUUCGCGAGUAAGCAGGCGCUUCUGAAGAAGAACGAGGCAGUCGCGCUGUUCACGUUCGAGGCAGACCAGCCAGGCGAUCUUGGCUUCAAGAAGGGCGAAAUCAUCACGGUGUUGAAGAAGACGGAGAGUGAUAACGACUGGUGGACGGGCAUGAUCGGUUCAAGACACGGUGUUUUCCCAAGUAAUUAUGUCAAAAUGACCGAGUGAUCAAAUCAGAAGGGAAGAGAUUCAUGAGUUGCCUCGAGACGGCGACAAGGAGACGCUAUAAGCUCUUCUAUUGCAAUGCCUAGGCUUACAAUAACACGGCGUGGGCAUCGAAACGUGGGAAGAAGAAAGAUAUCAACGAGGAGGCGGCAAAAUGCUUAGAUACGGUGUUUAAGGACGACGGUCUUGCCUUCGCGGGAUGUGGAUUACGCUGUUGCUUUUGAGUAACCCGCAUAACAUGACAUAACAUACGUUUGAUAGUGAUACCUGAUAUUUACUUACAAGGCUUCCAAGUAUAUGCACUUACAUUUUUACCCCCACACACCGUUAUGUGAGUGUGUAAAUCCAAUUCAUAUGAAGAACAUACAGUAUAGAAUAGACGCAACUAUGUGUACAUAUCGACACGGGAAGAUUCGCUAGUAUGUAGCGUAUCAUAUGGCGGCACCAAGUAUACUCUAC